GUUCUUUACACCCCCGCGUGCAUGGUUUAUCACGUGAGAGAGUCGCUGCAGGAAGUCAAUUGUGCUUGUGAAUGUUUUUUCCCUCGCUGUUGAUUAAUGUCAUUGUAACCAGUCUGCUAUCAGGUGUGCUGUGCUACUACUAUGGAAAUUGGGCGAAACAGAAUAAAAUGACCACACUGGUGGCUUUGCUGUCUUGGUGGCUCCCAGCGAUGAUUCUGACACUCCUUCCUAUUGAUGUUGCAUCGACCUACUUCGGCGAUUGUGCACAAAGGACCCACAAAGGAUCCAAUUCUUUCGUCGGAACGGUUAAUGGCUCUUGUAGAGCCCCAAUGUUCUUCGCGGAGCGCACAGUUUUCCUAGCUCUCUGGCACACUGUCUACUGGAGCUCUCAGUUUCUUACCUGGUGUUUGAUUCCAAUAAUGCGGUCGUACUCCACUGUUGGUGAUUUUACUGCUCUGGCAAGACUGCGUUCAGCUUUGCUGGAUAACGUAGUUUACUAUGCAUCGUAUUCAGCGAUAUUAAUCUUCAUCCUGAUAUAUUUACUAGCCAAGAAAACCAUCGUUUUCGACCUGAGCUACCUAAAAGUCCUACUGAUUACCGCCGCCAAUACUUGGGGUCUGUUUCUCGUGGUUCUAUUUUUGGGAUAUGGCCUUAUCGAAGUUCCUCGAUCGUUGUGGAUCGCUGGAAAACCGAUCGCGAGUCUUCAUCGGGCAUAUUUUGUACUCAAUCAAAAAAGUGUGGAGCUAGCUGAUGAGGAGGAGAAAUUGAGGGAAAUUAUCUGGAAAGUGGAUUAUUUGAAGACACGACUUCCAGUCAGCCAUCCGUUGCAACCGCAUGUCCUGGUUGUUUACAAGCAGGCCCAUGAUUCACAAACAAUCAGCUUAUCAUAUUCUGCGUUAGAGCAGUCCUUCUUGAUGACGGACAUAGAUGAACGAUUGCGCAAAUCGAUCGAUUGUGGAUCAUUAAAUCUGAAGCAGUUGGUUCGCCUCCACAAGUCGUUAAAGACUACGCAAUACAGAUGGGGACGAGCCCAAGCACUUUAUGAAGAAGCCGUGUAUGCAGCCUUACGUAUGGAGGACAUGAAUGAGUUCCGUUCAAAGCGAUUCCCCCCGUCAGCUACACAGGGUAGUGUGCCGGGCAGCUCUGCGUCCCGUUUCGCCCAACUAUUCUUUCAGAUCCAUCGGUAUUGGUUCUGCUACCUACGCUUGUGGUCACUUCAGUUACUUGCCGUUCUUUUGACUUUCGCCUCCAUCUUCCUGAUAUGGAGUGAAUGCACAUUUUCAAUACGAUCGCCGACACUGUCCCUAGUUGCACUAGUGUUAAAAGCGGAGGCCAAGGCACAGGACUUUUACUUACUGGAGAUUUGCUCAUUCUUGAUACUUGGAUACCUGAGCUUCGCCGUGUUUUUCGCCGUCUUUCGCCUACGAAUUUUCAACUACUAUCGGUUAGUUGGUAGCCACCACACAGAUGAAAACUCCUUGCUGUUUUGUGGAGCCCUUCUGUGCCGGCUUACCCCAUCGCUAUGCUUGAAUUUUCUCGGACUGGCUCAUAUGGAUAGUCAUUUGUCACGAGAUGACACUCCAUCUACUACCCCGGUUGAUCCUGCUACUUCUGCCUCUAGCAUUGGCAGUAGCGUUGCAAAUGUGGAGACGGCAUACACUCAGUUCAUGGGGCAUCUGGAUGUGAUUCCUUUCAUCGCCAAGGGUUUCAACAUCUACUUUCCAAUUAUCAUCCUUUUACUCUGUGUGGUGAGCUUCUUUCGACUUGCCGAUCGGCUACUUCAUCAUUUGGGUAUACCACAACUCCUCGAUUCAUCCGAGUACGGUUCGAGGCGUGGAAGAAAUCCUUUGGUCGAUGAUGCGAUUCUCGAAGGACGACUCCUGUUGCGCAAAGAGCGAAUGGUCUUGUCCAGACGGGCUCGGACCUCAUCAGGAAGAUCGUCUUCGGGUCCAAAACUGUUGGGUGUUUCCAGAAAUCCUUUUCACGUAUCAGACGAGACGUCUGGUGAUCGCGCGUCACUUCUCCGAGACGCAGACAAGCAUGGCUUACAAAGCCCACCCAGGCGAACGUUAUUUCAUGAGCCUCCAAUAGAGUAUUCGGAAGCCAGUAUAAACGAUCAGUUUUCUCUUCAUCUGAAUCCUUAAUGUCUACAUGUGAACCCGUGACCUCAUUCCAUGCGUCUGGAGUUGUAUCUGUCUUCUGUGAUCAUGUUUUCACUGUUUUAUCCUAUUCCACUUGAACUACUCUCUUGUUGUCUACCAUUUUUUCACACCCCUGACUGCUAACCGACUUCCAUGCUUAUUCUCUUCAUCACAUCUAUUGAAAGUGCGUUUUCUGAAGUACUCCCUUGUUUUACUUACCACUGUGGAGUGCGCCUGGGGCAAUUCACAUCUCACAUCCACCGAUGACAAUGCGGCUGACGGGCAUCCGGUAAUAACCGAUAGCUUUAAUGCCCAUCACAAGUCCUCCGAAUCCGAGACCUGUGUGUUGAAAACAAGACCUGUGUUAAGUUAUGCACUUCUCAGCAUGGCAAACAGUUGAAUCAAACUCUUCUGGUGCUUCUACAACAAUCCACAAUCUAUCUAUAGUCUUGGCGAUUGCGCUUCUUACACUUCCGAGUUGACUAUGGCAUGCCCUUGAAAGCCAGUGGGCCGAAUCGGUGGCCAACAAGACACUAGUUCUGCUUUGGUGAUUAAUCCGAACUCAUACAUCAACGUUUCAGUGUUUCCGUAUUGAUAAAUCCGGUACGGUUUGAAACUCUGAGUUACGUCGUCGAAUUGGAGACAUACUCGGGUCAGUAGAUAUCUAACAUACUCCCUACUAAGUGGAUCAGCAUGCCUUCACUCAACGACCAUUGUGCGAAUGAAUAGGUUUUUCAUUUAGUAAAAG